AUGUCCCUGACGCAAGAUGACAACGGUGACCACGACGACGACGAUGACGACGACGACGCCCCAUCUACGCCUGGUGACAAUGUGGCCAACCACUGGGGUGAGGCCACGGAGGAGGGGGACGAUGCGACAGAGGAGAUGCCCGACGUUGAGUCGCAGGUUCAGGAUUCGGAGCCGGAAGCUCCUAAGGGCGAUGAGGAGGCGGUGUUGGGUGCACCGGAGGUGGUACUGGGAACAACGCUGGAACCGUCAGCUACGGCUCCAUUUUCGACCGAUGGAGCAACGGACGGCAGGUUUGUCUCCGAUGACGAGGCCAUAUUUGCAGCGGGAGAGGCGGGUAUGAUAUCCGCCGAGGGGCAUGCAGCGGUAGCUGCGGUUGUCAAUGCAGUGGUUGGCGAAACAGCGGCUACCGAUGAGCCAACAGGCGCGAGGUUCUCGGUCGACACCUCCCCCGAGGACCCUGAGAGGGCGCAUACGAGGGACGGGAAGCAGGCCGAAGACCGGGGCCAGCAGGUUUCCAGACCGGAACAAGGCGUGGUCGCGGACGUGUCGGACUUCUGCAGUUGGCAGGAGCUAGUGCUCGACCUCGUGGUCCUCUAUAUCGAUGAGGUGGGACACUACAAGAGACUUGGAGUGCCCUCGGAGAAUGAAGCUUUUGACCAAGUGUUUAAGAAGGAGGUGGACGCAUGGGCCCAAAAAGAAGAAGAGACAUCGAAGGCAGACGUUGGGAACGUAGAACUAGAAAAGGAGUUCACUGAGGACGAGGACAACGACGACCACGUCGUCGACGAUGAUGCUGCAUCCGUGACUCGGGACGACGUGGACGACGCAGCGGCAGCGGAAGCAGCGUCGGUAACGUCGGCCGUUCCGCCAGAGGGCCCUGAGAGGGUGGAAUGGCCGGACGGGAAGCAGGCCGAAGACCGGGGCCAGGUGUCCCGAGCGGAAAAAGACGUGGUCGCGGACGUGACGGACUGCUGCAGCUGGAAGGUUCUGGUGCUGAACCUCGUCGACAAGGAUGACGAUCCACCCGACGACGCCACAGCAUCCGUGGCUCGGCACCACGUGGGCGACGCAGCGGCUAGCGACGCAGCCGCAGCGGAAGCAACGUUGUUACCGUCGCCGAUUACACCAGAGCCGACUGGUACGGGGUUCUCGAUCUCUCCCUUCACCUGGGACUCUGAGAGCGCGAGUUUGUCGUAUGCGCAGUCCGUCUUGCAGACGGACGAGCGGGGCCAACAGCUGCCACGCGUGGAACCGAACGGGGUCGCGCACGAGGCCGACUGCUGCAGCUGGGAAGAACUGGUGCUCAACCUGGUUGUAAGUACAGCAUGCCAUCAAAUUUAA